GAGGAACAGUCAGUGUGAACUGUGAAGCGAGUUCGACGAGCGACAAGAUGCGUUGAGAAGAAUCGUUCAUUGAAUUAUACACUCGCAUCGCGCUAAUACGGAGAUAAUCAAAUCCGACUCCGAAAGUCGCUAACGUGCAUACUUACAACACAUAGGUAGAUACUCCUCGAUAUAGAAUAUUAGAUACUGCUCCGAAACUCCGACGAGUCGCCUCCGUCUACCGUCGCGCCGUGCGUCGGUAUACACACACACACACACACACACACACACAUACACACAGAGCAUAAGUAUAUACACAGAGCGAGAGCCAGAGAGAGACAGAGAGCCGAUCGCGCGAGCAUCGGCGCAGACAGGCGGAGAGGAGCGCAGAGCGAUCAGAGAGCGGACUGAUAUUCGUCAUCCUUGGCAACGAAGAGUCGCAAACGCUGCUCCCGUCGUGGUGUACGCAUGUCCGUGUUGCCCGUCAGCAGCCGCCCUGCAGUGCAGUGCAGCAUAUACAAUAAAAGAUAGUCGUCGUCGUCGUCGUCGUCGCUCAGAGCAGUAGCAGCAGCGCAGCCGAGACUGGCUCACGCCGCCGCGCUCAGCUCGUCGUAUAAUAUAUACACACACGACGACUUCACCGCCAACUUCCCGAUGAGCUGCUAAGCUAAGGGGACAGCGAGUAGUAGCGCAGCAGCAGCCGCCAGUGCCUAAAAGCAACUGCGUAUCAUUCUAACGGAUUAAUCGGCUAUUGAAUGGUAAGCGCGUGCGGCGCCGUUGCAUAACGUGAUAGUGUGUGUAGUGCGAAUGAUCCCGGAUACUCUUGUGCGCGCAAAAUUGGCUCAGCCGACGAUUCUUCACCAGCAGGUCGACGUCGUCGCUCGCAUAGGUUAUAAGGCUCUAAAUUAUGCCUCUGUUCGGGAAGUCUCAAAAGAGCCCAGCGGAGGUUGUGAAGGCUCUAAAAGAAGCUGUAAACGCGCUGGAGCGUGGUGAUAAAAAAGUCGAAAAGGCUCAAGAAGAUGUGAGUAAAAAUUUAGUGCACAUUAAAAACAUGCUGUAUGGAACUGCCGAGUCUGAGCCACAAGCAGAUAUUGUUGUAGCUCAAUUAGCACAAGAACUGUAUAACAGUAAUCUUUUACUGCUUCUUGUUCAAAAUCUUAGUCGAAUAGAUUUUGAGGGUAAAAAAGAUGUUGCUCAGGUGUUUAAUAAUAUAUUAAGAAGACAAAUCGGUACAAGAUCUCCCACAGUGGAAUAUAUCUGUACCAAGCCAGAAAUACUGUUUACUCUCAUGUCGGGUUAUGAGCAUCAAGAUAUUGCAUUAAACUGUGGUACAAUGUUAAGAGAGUGUGCUCGAUAUGAAGCAUUAGCAAAAAUUAUGAUUUACUCGGAUGAUUUUUAUAAUUUCUUUAGAUAUGUUGAAGUUUCUACAUUUGAUAUUGCUUCAGAUGCCUUUUCUACUUUUAAGGAACUUCUUACAAGGCAUAAAAUUUUAAGUGCUGAAUUUUUAGAAGUCAAUUAUGAUAAAGUUUUUUCACACUAUCAAAGGUUACUGAACUCAGAAAAUUACGUCACACGCAGACAGAGUUUAAAAUUAUUAGGAGAACUUUUACUUGAUCGACACAACUUUACUGUAAUGACGCGGUACAUCUCAAAUCCAGAUAAUCUAAAAUUAAUGAUGAAUAUGCUUAAAGAAAAGUCUCGUAAUAUACAAUUUGAGGCCUUCCAUGUUUUCAAGGUAUUCGUUGCUAAUCCAAACAAACCUAAACCAAUUCUGGAUAUUUUACUACGCAAUCAAGAAAAACUGAUAGAGUUCCUUACACGCUUCCACACAGAUCGCUCAGAAGAUGAACAAUUUAACGAUGAAAAGGCUUACUUGAUCAAACAAAUCAAAGAGCUCAAGUCUGUACAUGAAAAUUAAGUUGGUACUUUUUUACACCGUUUUCCAGUAGUUGUGUAAAUAAAAUUUACAUUCACGAUUUAUUAUUGUAACAUUCAGACUCUUCGGACAUUAUAAUACUCUGCUACCUUCCACCACACUAAAUUGAUUUCAAGAGCUCAGUAUGGCAGCUACAAAAAUGACGCCUCCUUUACUUUCAAGAUUUUCGUAAUAAACUUAUUGAAAAUUGACACGCUAAAAAAUAGUUAAAAUAUGAAAACGUGAAAUGUGCCUACGCAAUUUUUAUGAGCCUAUUCUGCAAUAACAAGUACUAACGUGAUAAAUAAAAACUUGAAAUACUUCACACUCUUUAGUAGAAGACGUAAGCUGUUUUAAUUUACGUUGUUUUUUUAUUCGUUUAGUAAAUAAAGGAAUUUGAAAUUUCUGAUUGUAAUUAUUAUGUUAAAAAACACAUGUGUUACCCCAACCAAGUGUUUUGCUAAAAUGAAGUUCGUGAAUUUACGAUUAUACAAUAUGAAUGAUCAAAUUCAUUGUAGCUGCUGUACUUUUGUUUUUAUACAUCAAAUUACCUUCUAAAUGCAGCAAAAUGUAUUACUUGAAUCGAUAGGUAUCUCCUGCUUCAUUUUAUGCUAAAAAUUAUAAUCACAUGUAUAUGUAUAGAAUUGACUGUUAAAAUGUAACGCCAAAACAAUAAUUAUUGUUUAUUAUAUUUAUUGCAAUAAAAGUAUUAUUAAAAAAACAA